AUGGUUUUUUCAUCAUCUCUUGUUUUCUUAUUGUUUGUGGGAGCUUUAGGUACAGAAUCUGCAGACUCUUUGGGCCAGUUUUGUAAUCAAGAUACCAGAAUAAGUAGCAGUAGCCUGAUAUCAGCCAACAUCGAUCAUUUGCUGGCUAAACUGGUCUCUGAAGCUUUCUUAACUGCUUAUGCUGCUACUUCCUACGGCAAGAACCCAGACAAAGUCUAUGGCCUGGCUCGGUGCAAAGGAGUUGUAAUCAGCGAAGACCGUUCAAGUUGCAUCCGAGAUGCAGCAAAGCAAAUCCGGCAACGUUGUCCGAACCAUGCUGAUGCAAAGAUUUGGUAUGACCAUUGCUUUUUACGGUUUAGCAAUAAGAAACUGGGUGGAGGAUGUGACAAAUCAUUUAGUGUAAGCUAUAUUAAUAUUGAGAAAGUUACAGAUACCGAAAGUUUUCUCAAGGAAAUAGGCUUGGUAAUGGAUAAAGUUCGAUCACAAGCUCCUGUGACUAGAAAUGGACUUAGGAAACUUGAGACAAUAGUGUUGCAGUUUGUCACUGUUUGCAAUGGAACAGGGCAUGAGGGGCCUAUUUCAGAUGGAUUCUGUUCAAUGCCUGGCAAUUACUGCUGA